AAAAAACGUGGCGCUCCCAUUGAAAACAAUUGAAAACAUACGCCAGGCGCGUGGAAAAACGCUUUGGUGGACUCACGGCCUAAGUAUCGGGAAGCGCGGAUUGAGUGAGAGCGAGUGGAUCACGUGACAAAGCUCGCGCUCUGCCUCAAUGUUGAUAAUUUAAGACAGCAAGAGAACCGACUGCGCAUGCGCACAUCUACGUAAACUACGUUCUAUGGACCUUCUAUGGCAAACAAUGGCAAAAGUAGUAUAUUGUAUGUGUAUUCCUGAAAAUUUUUGUUACAAAAAAUGUAUAUUUGGAAUAAAAUAAAUGCAAUUAAUAAUGUGGUGAAUUAAUAAAGCUCUUGGAAUUAAUAAAUGUAAUGUCAACAUUUCCUUUGGUGAGGCACUGCCUACCCUGACCGCACGUCUUUGGGGUGUCUGGUUUGAUCUGUCGGGGAUAAACAGCUUCUGCGGGAUGUUUGUGUGUCAGCAGUUUGUGCCUUAAGUGUUUCUUCAUUUUCUCUGCGGCUAAUAAGAUGCUCACAAACUUCCACUCCACACAAAACAUCUUUACACUGAAAUAAAGUGAAUUCAUCAUCAGAGAAAUAAGAGUCGCAGGUCAAAUAUGACUGACAGCUCUAACGCACCAGUAGAUACAGAUAAGCCAAUAUUUCACUCUUCUGCUACAGGGCCAGAAUUCAUUUGAAAAUGUGAGAUCAGCAAAAUCUUGUUGAUGUUCGUGAUGUUAAAGGAGACGAGUGUGUGAGCGGAAACUAACUGAGGUUGGGGGAGGAUUCACACACAACCUGAUAAAUAUCUCAGUUCAGUCGUGUUUCAGAUCAAUCUGAGUGUUUCAGACAUUAAGAGUUACUAUCGUGGGCUUUUCAGUGAACCGAUGAAGAAGAUGUUUCUCAAAUUAGUUUUGCUCUGCUUGUGUUUCUGGCGUCUGGAUGGUGUGUUUGGUAUUGAUCAUUUUGAGCCAGUGUCAGUGUUUGAGGGAGAUUCAGUUUCUCUAAACUCUGGUCUCACUGAAAUAAAGGAUGAUGAUGAGAUUCAGUGGAGGUUUGAAUACGAAAACACAUUAAUUGCUGAAAUCAAUGUAACGGCCGCCAGAAUCACUGUAUAUGAUGAUGUUCUUGAUGGGAGAUUCAAAGACAGAAUGAAGCUGGACAAUCAAACUGGAUCUCUGACCAUCACACACACCAGUACAGAACAUGUAGGAGAAUAUAAACUACUGAGCAACAGAAUAAGAAGGAAUUUCAAGCUCAAUGUCUACAAGGUGAAGUUAGUGUCAGUGAUGGAGGGAGAUUCAGCCUCUCUAAACUCUGACACUAAAAUAAAGGAUUAUGAUGCGAUUCAGUGGAUGUUUGAAAAGACUUUAAUAGCAGAAAUCAGUAAACAGGGCGGCAGAAUCACUGUAUAUGAUGAUGAUCUUGAUGGGAGAUUCAGAGACAGACUGAAGCUGGACAAUCAAACUGGAUCUCUGACCAUCACAAACACCACAACUGAAGAUACUGGACGUUAUGAAGUGACAUAUUUGUCGAGGUCCGUUUUUUAUUUUCGUCUCAAUGUCUACGCUCGUCUGCCUGUUCCUGUCAUCAGUAGAAACUGCUCUUCAUCAUCAUCAUCAUGUUCACUGGUGUGUUCAUCAAUGGUGAAUGUGAGUCAUGUGACUCUGUCCUGGUACGCAGGAAUGAGUGUAUUGUCCAGCAUCAGUGUGUGUGAUCUCAGCAUCAGUCUCUCUCUACCUCUGGAGGUGGAAUAUCAGGAUAAAAACACCUACAGCUGUGUGCUGAACAAUCCCAUCAGCAACCAGACCACACAUCUGGACAUCAGCACACUUUGCAGACACACAUGUGCAGACUCUGUCCACUGCUGUGGUCCCACUGAAGCUGUGAUCCGAUUGGUCCUCUCUGCUCUGGUGGGCGUGGCUACUGUCAUCAUUCUGGUUUAUGACAUCAGAUCCAGAAGAGCUGAACGAGAUCAAGCACAUAUUCACACAUCAGAAAGUAUUGAAAUCUAAAGCAGAACGCUGAACUUUAAAGGUUCUUGAAGUGUUUUUUGUUCUUCUAGUGUUUUUCCCCUUCAUAAUAAAUACUGCUGAUUAUUUGAGUUUGUGCUUUCUGUCAGUGUCAGAUUUUAACAGUGACACUUUUUUGUUGAUAUUUCUCUCAGAUACAAAAAUAAUAAUAGAGACACAGAUCUCACUUUAAACUGCUGUAUAUUUGCUGUAUGUAUUUUCUUGCCUUUAUCAAUAAAGUUUCUCACUCUGAG